AUGCUGGAGCGAGCAGCUCAGCGCCUUGAAAACGCAGGAGAAUGUCUUUUCCGCCAUUCGAAGCGCCACGCUCGCAGCCGUCGAGUUUUACAUCCGGAAUUCUGGCAUCAUGGCGUUGCUGACAUCGAGGCUCCCUUGUGGAGCUCUGAUUUCCUGCACCCACCGCGAUCCUCCUCGUCCGCCGCUAAACCCUUACCAGCUGCCGUUGAGCCAUUUGCCGUUCUCUUUAACUACCAUCUUCCAAAUACGCGCUUGGAAUGCUUAUACCCGCCAGAAACACAAAUAUUUGCACGAUAUUGCCUUCCUCGCAUCAUCAUCAAAAGCUCCGCCGAAUGUAGGAGAAAGUCGGGCAGCCGAACUUAUUAUUCAACGAAAUCUGGCGAAGUGGCUCAAUCCCAGUCGCGCCAUGAGGAGGUUUCACCGGAGCCUCAAGAUAAACAGAACUUUGAAGGGUCGAAGGAACUCGAAGAGUCGCUGGCGGAAGGGAGGGAGGAAGAGGAGGAGGAGGAGGCAUUUAAGUACUAUGACCUUUACAAAAGUCCUCGAAGACCAAUUACUCUCCCUAAGCGGCGAGCGUCUCCAUUGUUGCCUGCUGUGAGGUUCGGGCUGGCGUAUUGCAACUUUUAUCGACGCCAGCAGGAGACGAUGUCACGAGUCCGGAUGAAGCAACUAGGGUUGGCAUGUUCUCGGAAAACUAGGGGCUUUCGUACAAUUCUCACCCGUGGAACAAAAUCCAAAAGACGGCGUCGCGUUAGCAAGGAUGGGGAAAUAGUUAUAGAUCCCCAUAUUCUGCGGCGGCUUGAUCGAUAUAUUAGCAAUAAUUCUCCACGGAGCUGUCGGGCUGUAUGGAGACUCUAUCAAGUUGUCAAGGACCAGAAGCCCGAGUACCAUCCACGCGUCCUUGCCUAUCUUUCAGAAUCCCGGGAACCUGUGGAUCGAAUCCGUUCGAGACUAGCAUUUGAAGCUAUCGAGAUUGACCAGAGAACUCCAGAAGACUAUGGCCACGUAACGAAGUCUCUUAUCCAAUGUGAAGGGAAUAUCGAUUGGGUUAGGGGGAUUUGCAAGGAAGCAGUGUCGAAACUCAAAGGAGAAAAGUGUUGGGACAUCGCCAUGGUUGCGUUGGUGGACCAGAUGAAGUGGAAGGAGGCAUUCGAAUUUUUCUCCUUUAAGCCCUAUCUCCCGGAAGUGUACUGGCAUUUUCGCUUAUUGAUGGGUACCACAAAGCCCCCUGAGAAGGUUCUUGCUGGACUUUUGAAAGUCGUGGCCGUACUGCGGAAACCUGAGGCUACUAACCAACUUCUCAGGGAGUUUCGGUUAUUCUAUGAAAAGCCGUCGGAAGAAGCAUAUCAGAUCGCACUCACAGCAUUUUCCAGACUUGGUGAUUUCCGGAGGGUAACUGAUUUAUUUAAAUCCUACGUGAACCAUUAUGGCCAGCCCAGGAAGCUCAGGUUGGUUAACCCUCUAAUAUACGUUAAUGCCGCAGUUGGCAGGGUUUAUCAAGCCCGGAAGCAGCUAGAAAGGCUACGUAGCGAGUUCUCGCUGAGCCCUGACGUGACGAGCUGGAAUAUUGUCCUGACUGCCCACGCGAAGGCACGGGAUAAGCCCGGAGCGCUAUCAACUUUUCAAGAAAUGAUUGCUACUGGGUUAAAGCCAGACUCGCAUACACUCGGAAUCUUAAUGGGGAUGUUUGCGAAGGACGGCAACGUCGAAAGCGUCAUGGAUUUCUUGCAGCUUGCUAGGGGAUAUGAUAUUCAACUCAACAUGGCAAUGCUUCACCCGGUGGUGGAGACCCUCUGCAACAACCGAAAAUAUGAUGCUGCCGAGAAAUUUGCAGAUACGGUGAUGAAGCUAAAGGCUCCCGGCCCUACUACUCGCAUGUGGAAUGUCAUCCUGUGGCACUACGCUUUCCUCCCUGACAUAGAUUCUAUGCUAGCAGUGCAUGAUCGGAUGAGAAAACUAGGAGUGAAAUUCGAUCAUAUGACGUAUGCAGCCACCAUCCUGGCUCUUGUUCGCAGUGGAAACCAUGAUGAUGCUAUUCAGGUUAUUCGAAGACUUGAGGACCGUCGCCAAGUUUCCGUGACCCAAUUCCAUUUCGCGAUCCUUUUGUAUGGCUAUGCACUGGCAGGGGAUGUGGAAAUGAUCGAACAUACCCAGGGCGAAAUCAUGAAAAAAUUCGGCCACCUGAGUCUCAGCUCGAGACUAUCGGUGCUCAAGGGGAAAAUUCAUAUGGACAAGAGGCUUCUCGAGGAAGGGAAAUACGUUGGGCAUAAUAACGAAAUUCGAUUAGUGAAUGCAGAGGCGUUUCUGGAUUCCAUUAUGAAAGACUUCGGUAUCAGAGAGUGGGCUACGAAAGUUCCACAACCUGGGGCAAGUCAAAAGUCUGUCCGCGAUGCCUUUCCUUCUGUGUAUUACGAGGAACUCAUCUCCGCCUACAUGAGCCAUGAUGCAACUGUGAGGGCGAAGGAACUGGCCGAGAGGUUGGAGAAGAAACAAAACCGCCUCAUCAGGAAUCCGAAUCUUGUGCCACUCAGCCAGUUGGCUCAAAGAAUGAAGCUCCAAGCGAGAGAUAGAGGGUUCGACAUGGUCGAGAAACUCUGGAGGAAAGCAUUUAAUCAAGCCAAACUUGGAACAGCCAUUACAGCUUCUUUCAAACCCAACCGCUCUAACAAUCCUGAUGACCCUCAACCCGUCCCUAUAAGGCCCAUGUCAACUGCUCAGCGUUUUUCUCUUUCCGAAUGCCUUUCUGUGCUCAUGGAAUGCUACGCAGAGCAGAAUCUCCAUUCCAAAAUCGCCGUCGUUAUAUCGGAAGUCCAAAAGUCUGGCUUUGUUCUGACGACCCAUAACUGGUCAUCCUAUAUUGAACUACUUGCUGUUUCCUCCAGACGAGAGGACCGACUGAAUGCUUUUAUUCUCUUUGAAAAACUGUUCAUUCCUAACUACACUGGUUGGACACAGGUUAACUCGAUUCUCCUGUCUGCCCCAAUGACCAUAAUUGCUAUGGGGAAUGUACAUGACCCCCAAGGAGGAUUUGGACAGAUAUUAAAUGAAGCUCAGCAUGUCGUCCAGUCGGGCCCUAUCAAGUCUGUGGUGGAACCAGGGUUUGGCGAGCAAGGGAUAGUUAACCGCGAAUCUUCUUUGGAGCCAUCCGGGAAGGCUACCGAUGCCCAUAAUGAUAACAAUAAAAACACUGUGGUUCCAUCUCCGUACCACCUCAUUCCGGUAGCUACCGGUGUGUCCAGGGAAACAGCACCAGAUAUGCCUUUGAUCAAAACGCUCCUGGAGGAAGACGCUCAGUGGAGACAGAUUGAAUACAAACGGCGGGUCCAGCGACGUCAAUUCUUAGAAAACAACCCACCCUUAAACGGCAUUCCUCCCAGAUUGCCGCCCCACUUACGUGGCAGGGGCCGGGAAACGGGUCACUGGCAAGUGUUGCGAGAAGUGGGACUCCUCAACACACCCCACCUAGUUCAACAUGCCCACCUUGAGCUACCAGAGAGAUCUCAGGAGAACCUAGAGGACGAAGAGGAAGGCUUGGGCAAAGAGCGAAUCCUCUGGCGCAAAGAGGAAUCGGAGUGGCGCAAAAAGGUCAAAAGUGGACGCUGGAAGGACUGGAUCCCGGCACGCAAUCGAAGACUAUGGCUCAAGAAGAUCGAUUCCCAGAACCUGCCACUGAUCCUUCAGUAUCUCCGUCUCGAAGAGGAUGCGUAUGACGUCAAAGAUCGGUACCGCAAGGAAUGGGUUUUCUGGUGCAGACUGCAGAUCUGGAGGCACAUGAAAGAGGAGGAGCGAAUUGACUGGAAGCUCUACCAUGAGAAAAAUAGAAGUAAACGCUGGCGGGGCCUUCGGGAGUGGCGGCAAGACCUUAACUGGAUCCGGAAGAAGAUACCUCUGCCUGGUCGUGUGGAUGGCGAAUUCGCCAGUGAUCGAGACCAUGAGGCGCAUAGCCUCCAUUACCAUGCCAAGACACGUUUAAACCAGAUCCGGGAUAUGAUGGCUAAGGUGUACAAGCUAGCUUAUCAGGAUAUCUGA